AUGAAACUUGAAGAUGAUGUUCCGGAAUCGAUCAUGGUGAUGAUUCUGGCGAGACUACCAAUCAGGUCUAUCUCGAGAUUUAAAUCAGUGUGUAGCCAAUGGAAACAGCUCUUUGAAUCUUCCUAUUUCCGUAACCUCUACGGAUCCUUGAACCAGAAGAAUUUGUCCUCUCCGUGGUCGAUCAUGAAUCUAGAUAGCCGCUCAAGAGAGUAUUUGCUCGAACAUUUUUCAGAGAGAUGGGGACUUACCGAGACACUAGGUACUUCUCUAUUACGUCUACUCGACCACAUGAAGGAAGGAACCAGAGCCGUGGACAUGUCGGACGGGUUGGUUUUGCUUGCUGAGAAAGACAAAGAAGACUCUUUCUUGGUUGCUAAUCCUGUGUUGCAAGAAUGGAUCAAAAUCCCUUCACCUCCUCCGGUAGAAGCUCGUUGUCUCUGUGAAGCAGCACUAGUAACACACAUGAGCAACGAUGGUGAUCUUUUGGGUUACAAAGUGGUUUGGUUUGAGAAACGGUUUUCAAUAAACAGCUUUAACUUUCAGGUUCAUUCGUCUGAGACUGGGAAUUGGACUUACCGUGAAGUCUUGCAUGACCGUGGAAACCUUCAUUAUCAUCUUAACUCCAAACCCAUUAACUUGAAUGGUUGUGUUCAUUGGCUAUUCAGUUUAUCUGGAGUCAUUAUAUCUUAUGAUGAUUUCUAUGCUAGGACCAGCCAAGAAGCUCAACAGCUUGGUCGUGUUGUGGAUUUACCUGAUUGGUCCAAUUAUAGCAAAUACACAUGCACAGUCUCAUGCGGAUCUCUCAUGUUAAUCCAAAAGACCGGAAGAGAAAUGAGAGUUUGGAGGCUGGAGAAACAGGAAACCAAUUGGGAAUUGGUGUGGAACGUUACAACUUAUGGCCAAGAUCUCUUUGGCAAUGGCUCUAUAACAUGUAGGAUGCCAAUGAUGAUGCACCCUUUCGAUAGCGAGGUCGUGUUCCUCUUGGGCCGUGGAUCAGAUGGUGGACAUAGCUAUCUGGUUUCAGGUAAUAUGCGCACAGAGAAGUUCCAACUCCACAAAGAACUGAACCAUGUCCCACUAUCUGAUGUCCACUUUUGUCAGUUCGUGCUUCCACAGAGACUCGGCUCGAUUCCAUGUCCUCCUGGUUGCUCCCUUGUUACAGCUUCAGCUACACAAGUCUAA